AUGCCACCGCAAACCCGUCUUCGCUCUGGCACCGUUCGCGUCCGACAAUUGAUGCCUGGGUACGGGGCGAUUCAAGCUGGGCCAUAUACAACUGGCCAGGUCCAAGCAACCUCUGGGAUAGUACGGCCUCCACCUCCUCAGUGGUUUCCUUCCGCAAAUACUCUGUCUCUUCAACAUCGGUCGCAGCUAUGGGAAGUCAACCGCCCCGUAAUGACGUACGACCACAUCCUCAACAUUGAUCGCGAGGUGCAGUACGUCUGGAGGAAGAAGAUCGCGAGUGCAGGCGUGAUCUAUAUCGCCAUACGCUACUCCUCAUUGACGUCCAACAUGCUCAUUUGUAACGGGAUCACAGUGGCAUUUUCUGUGAUGGGUGCUAUCAUUAUCAUGGGCUCCGCUUUGUUUUCGGCGUUGCGAGCGUACGCGUUGUGCCGGCGCAACUCCAUCGCCCUCCUCGUUUUAGUGCUAGGGUCUGCGAACGCCGUUCCCUCGAUUUAUGCAGCGGUCAAGAAUAGGGCCACCUACGACCCAGGGCCCUACAACCUGGAUACCGUCUGCGACGUGGACUUCUCGCAGUUUCUAUCCCUCCGCAAAGGAAGCUCACGCCGGAGAUUCGGCCUCACGACGGCUCUGUUUCAGAAUGGUAACUACGUCGUUGUAGGUGUCGCAUACUUCGCUGCGCUCCUCGUCUGCAACCUCUUGAACCUUGUUUUCGUCACCAACGUCGAGGUAACACUGCGCUUCAAGCGUUUCAUGCCUCCAUCAAAGCUCAAAGCUGAUGUCACCUUUCCAGCUCUUGCUCGAUCUCAUGGCACGUCGGUGAUCUUGACCUGCCGCUUCAUCCUCGAUUUGUUCGAGGCGAGCGACGGCUCGCGCCUGGAACCUGGCCCGACCGCUCCCAGUCACUUGAGGCCGUCGCACCCGGCCCCGGCGUACCGAAACGUCGGCGGCGGUUUCAGCGUGACCAGUCUCUCUCAAGGCGUUUUCGACGCGGGCGUCACCUGGCACGAUGCGGAAGACAGCGAGAGCGCCUGUAGCAACGAGCCCGACUACAACUACGAGCUCCAGACUAAGCCGAGUCAGAUGGAAUGA